AUGAGUUUCGCAAAAGGAUCGAUUGCCAAGAACAGAUGCAAAUGGCACUACAAUACGAUUGUCAAUUGCGAUUAUGACCUUAAUUCAGACUCCAUCGGCGGUUAUUCACGUGGCCAAGUGCCUCCCGAGCCAGAUAUUGCAGGAAUUGGUAUCGUUGCUGUAUUCAUCGCAGUCACUUCUUUUGCCGUUCUCAUGGGCGUCUUCGACGCCCUAUGGAUACUACUCAAAAAAUGUCGGUCCAGGAGAUCAAAAGAUCGCUCCAGGAAACGCAAACAACUCUGGAACAACUUCAGUCGAUCGGAGUUCUUCCAGGCUAUCACGAUAUCCUGUAGCGACCAGCAGGUCUUCACGGGCGGGGCGUACGUCGUCACACUCCAGUUCUGGAAAGGCUGCUUCAUCACCGCCUAUCACUACAACAUCAUCGCCAACAUGCUGCUGCUCACUUGCGCGACUCACUUGAUGUCAGUUGUGAUAUCCAGGAACUAUUGGAAGAGCCCCCUCGUUGCAAUCGUCCGCGUAAUACUGAUCACGUCAGUAUUCAUAUUGACCGGGUUCGUGCUCUCGAGUCAAAAGUCCAACUUCCCGAUGAAGGUACCCGAAGAUGGUGAUCCGGAUGUGGCGCUCUUGCUUCGAGCCGCCUGUUAUCAGGAUGAGCGCGGCAUGGAGAUGCUGAGGAACAAGCUCGUCGACUCUUUCAAAGAUCCCGAGGCUGCAAAGCAAGCAUUUGUGUUUAGCAACCCGGGAAAUUUCAUCCACGGUUGGAACCUUUACCUUGCUAUCUUGGUAUGGUACGCCGUCACCAUUCUCGCCGAAUUCGGACGAUGGUUCUACCGGGCCAGAGAACGACGGAAGCAGAAAAAGUUGCAGGUCAUGGAAACAAGGGGCAAGCUCUUGCGCGGUCUGGAAGACCGCACAUCGUUCUUGGGCAAGAUCUUCUACUGGAUUUAUGGGUUUUACGUGAUGGGCGGACUUGUUAUUUGUGGGAUAACUGUGGUGGUUUGCGCCAUCCAGAUAAUGAAGUUGAGAAAGUGGGCGAAACGUUCGACAUGGCUCAAAGUCGAUACGGGAGGCCAGAGCGAGGAAGAUGACGCGACAUCCUUCGGGCAGCUCGUACCCAUCAUUCUUGUAGGAUUGGUGGUUUUCAGCGCUCUUGCAACGUUCAGUGACCUGCGGCUUCAAGGGAAACGUAACAAGGCCCAGGAGGUCAAGCCUACGAAGGGGCAUUAUGGCCCUAUACCCGGCCGUUAA